GAUGCUACCAUGGACGGCAAAAAAUCCGAACGCUGCCCGACCCUGUGGAGACGACGGACGCAGAGGAAGCCAUCAAAACAUCAACAUACCUGAUGCGGUGCUAAUGAAUUCAACAGCUCUGACACGGUCCACAGCUGCAGAGUACCAAGGUGGAGAGGAGCUGGUGCAGCAGUCCCCCAUGUAAAGCUGCAUGAGGAACCCAAAGGGCACGUUCUCUGGAUCACGUUGCUGAGUAGGCGUGCUCGAUCGGUGCCUGUGACACAGGACUGAGUGAGUCAACUGACAGAGCUGGAAGCACUGACCGCGGACGCAGCUAUGUAAGAAGACAUCUGUCCAGAGGUCCAGACAAUCAACACGCUGCUGUGAUUCAUGCCACAUAUGUGGGCCCUCGGGGGAGCAUGGUGGUUACCCAGCAGUUGAUUUAUACGUGAGACUUUUCUCAGCGUUGGGUUGACUCCCGCGGGACAACAAACAUCCUUUCCACUCUUUGAUUUAAAACAAACAAACAAACAAAGGAAAUAAGCCGGAGACAGACGCUGUUCAAAUGUUCGCCAUGCCUCGGAACCGGGCCUUUUCCGAACCAGAGUACUCGGCGGAGUACUCGGCGGACUGCUCCGUGACCCUGCCGUCCGACCCCGGGCAGGCAGUGGGACGAACACAUGAGGUCACGGUCCGGAGCUCAGGAUGCUGCCUCUGUCUGCCGCGGUUCAUGCGCCUCACCUUCACACCGGAGUCCUUGGAGAACCUGUACCAGACCUACUUCAGGCGGCAGAGACACGAGACCCUGCUCGUGCUCGUGGUGUUCGCGGCCCUCUUUGACAGCUACAUCAUCGUCAUGUGCGCGGUGGUCUACACCACUGACAAGCUGGCUUCUGUUCUUGUGGCAUCAGUGGGACUGGCAGCAGAUAUUAUCCUCUACCUGCUGUGCCGCUUCAGCCUGCUGCCGGACCGCAUCUCCAGGCGGGUGGUGCCCUACGCCCUGUGGGUGCUCAUAGCAGCUCAGAUAUUCUGCUAUCUGGGUUUAAACUAUGCUCGCUUCCACCAGGCCAGCGACACCGUGGGCUGGCAGGCUUUCUUCAGCUUCUCCUUUUUCCUGACUCUGCCACUGAGGCUGACGCCCAUCGUGCUCAUCACCUCUGUAUCCUGCGGGGUCCACACUCUCGUCCUGGGCGUCACCAUUGCCCAGCAGCAGCAGGAGAACAUCCAGGCGGCAGCACUGGGCAGACAGCUGCUGGCCAACAUUGUGAUCUAUGUUUGUGCCAUCACUGUGGGUGUCAUGUCGUACUACAUGGCUGACCGGAAGCAUCGGAAGGCCUUUCUGGAGGCAAGACAGUCACUGGAGGUCAAACUCAACUUGGAGGAGCAGAGCCAACAGCAGGAACGCCUGCUGCUUUCCAUCCUCCCAAAGCACAUAGCUGACGAGAUGCUUCAGGACAUGAAGAAGGAGCCCAGUCAGAAAGAGAUGCAGCAGUUCAACACUAUGUACAUGUACAGACAUGAAAAUGUCAGUAUCCUGUUUGCAGACAUCGUGGGCUUCACCCAGCUGUCGUCGUCAUGCAGCGCUCAGGAGCUGGUCAAACUGCUCAAUGAGCUCUUCGCACGCUUUGACAAACUGGCAGCGAAAUAUCACCAGCUUAGGAUCAAGAUCCUGGGAGACUGCUACUACUGUAUCUGUGGACUGCCAGACUACAGGGAGGACCACGCUGCCUGCUCCAUCAUGAUGGGCCUGGCCAUGGUGGAGGCCAUCUCGUAUGUCCGAGAGAAAACCCAGACAGAUGUUGACAUGCGGGUGGGCCUGCACAGUGGCACAGUCUUGGGAGGAGUGCUGGGUCAGAAACGCUGGCAGUAUGACGUCUGGUCCACAGAUGUCACUGUGGCCAACAAAAUGGAGGCAGGAGGGAUACCUGGGCGUGUCCACAUCUCACAGAGCACCAUGGAGUGUCUUCACGGGGAGUUUGACGUGGAGCCAGGGAACGGAGGGGACCGCUGCGAUUACCUGAGGGAGAAGGGCAUCGAGACCUACUUGGUGGUUCUUCCUAAAGGACCUGUGGGAAAGAGUGGCAUCAAUGGUGUCAAGCUGUCUGUGACCUCCUCCAAUGGAAACUCGCCGCUGUUAAUCAACACCACAGAGUGUAACGGCAAUGCUAACACGGCCUGCACCACCCCGGAGGAACCAGAAGAGCUGGACGCAAGGGUGGUGAAUCCGUCUUUCCCAAACCCACGGAGAAGGCUGCGGCUGCGGGACCUGGCUGAGAGGGUGAUCGAUGCUCAGGAGAAUGAACAGGAGCUCAACAAACUCCUCAACGAGGCCCUGCUGGAGAGGGAGACCGUGCAGGCUUUGAAGGGGAAGCACACCAACCGGCUCUCCCUGAGGUUUGUGGAUCCAGACCUGGAGACUCGAUACUCUGUGGAGAAGGAGAAACAGAGCGGAGCUGCCUUCUGCUGCUCCUGUGUGGUGCUACUCUUCACUGCGGGCAUGGAGGCCCUCAUAGACCCCUGGCUCAUUGCAAACUACAUCACCUUUGCAGUGGGAGAGGUCCUGCUGCUCAUCCUGACAAUCUGCUCUCUGGCUGCCAUCUUCCCGAGAGUCUUUCCCAACAAGCUGGUGUCUUUUUCCACCUGGAUUGACCACACCCGCUGGGCUCGCAACACCUGGGCCAUGGCAGCCAUCUUUAUCCUGACCAUGGCAGACAUCGUGGACAUGCUGAGUUGUCUGCCUCGAGUCCCAGACUCAGGCGGCACCACCAUGGCUCCCUCCUCCUCCUCCCCUUCCUCAUCCUCUACUUGGUCUGGGCCUCAUGGAUGCCUGGAAAACCCCAAAUAUUACAGCUACAUUGCUGUGCUGGCACUGAUGGCUACCACCAUGCUGGUUCAGGUCAGUCACAUGGUCAAGCUCACACUGAUGCUGCUCAUCACUGUGUCCACUGGCAUCGUGAACAUCUACAGCUGGAGGGACAUCUUCGACCGCUACGACACGGCCCGCUUCCAGGACUACAGGUCAUACCUGGUGCCUUCCAAGUUCACAAUGACAACUAUGAUCUUCAUUAUGAUGGUCAGCUUCUAUUAUUUCUCCAGACAUGUGGAGAAGCUUGCCCGCACCCUGUUCCUGUGGAAGAUUGAGGUCCAUGAGCAGAAGGAGAAGGUAUACGAGAUGAGGCGCUGGAAUGAAGCACUGGUGACUAACAUGCUGCCUGAACACGUGGCUCGACACUUCCUGGGCUCCAAGAAAAGGGACGAGGAGUUGUACAGCCAGUCCUACGACGAGAUUGGAGUCAUGUUUGCCUCAAUCCCCAACUUCUCUGACUUCUACACAGAGGAGAGCAUCAAUAAUGGAGGGAUUGAAUGCUUACGCUUCCUCAACGAGAUCAUCUCAGAUUUUGACAGUCUGCUGGAUGAAGCUCAGUUCCGCUGCAUUACCAAAAUCAAGACCAUCGGCAGCACCUACAUGGCAGCGUCAGGCGUCACCCCGGAUGUCAGCAAUGGCUACACUUGCAUGAAGAAGGAGGAGCAGUCUGACAGAGAGCGCUGGCAGCACCUGGCAGACCUGGCUGACUUCGCUCUGGCUAUGAAGGUCACACUCAUGAACAUCAACUACCAGUCAUUCAACAACUUCAUGCUACGCAUCGGUUUGAACAAGGGUGGAGUGCUAGCAGGAGUGAUUGGUGCCCGCAAACCCCACUAUGAUAUCUGGGGCAACACUGUGAAUGUGGCAAGUCGCAUGGAGUCCACAGGGGUGAUGGGAAACAUCCAGGUGGUGGAGGACUGCUACAACAUCUUGAAGGAGUACGGCUUCCGCUUUGUGAGGAGGGGGCCCAUCUUUGUGAAGGGAAAAGGGGAGUUGCUCACUUAUUUUCUGAAAGGAAGAGACAAACAAGGCUCAUUUAUCAACGGCUCCUCUGUCACUCUGCCACACCAGGUGGUGGACAGCUAAGGACCACACUCACACACAGCACAUACUUGGCAGCCAUCCACCGUGUGGUUAAUGCAGAGAGGUGCCAGAGGACUUGGCCUGACCUGAACUUCUGUUUACAGCUUAAAUUUAAAUACUACCCACUCACUCACACACACACACACACACACCAGUCAUUACUGAACACAUACAUGAUCACCGUCAGUCGAAAGAUAAAUGUGCCAGUAGAGAUUGUAUUUUAAUUUAUAUGUCAUGUUCAAGUUGAACCACAGAAGACCUGAUACGGAUCAUUUGAAAGAAUGAACUGAAAAGAAGUCGCAUUAAAAGAUGGGAGCACCAGAUGUAAAGAUCCAGAUAUGAUAUAAGAUUAAACGCAUACAAAUGAAAAAGAAUAUAAAGUGACCACUGAGGAUAGGCUGAUUCAAAUGUCCUCAUGCAACCUAGUCCAGUGUUGGCCACAUCUUUUCAUUCAUGUGCAGUUGCUCAUAAAUACUCAAAAAGUAAAAACAAGCAUCUUCGCAGAAAUAAAACCUGGAUUUCUGAUCGAUUGUGAUAAUACAAAUAGACCUAAUGAAAUGGCUUCAGUUCAUGUGGAGUAAGUUGGAGGCCUGUAGCAUGUUGUCACAUUCUGCUGUGAUCAGCUUCUCCAACACUCUGUACCCCGCUGAGUGUUGCAUCUCAAUUCAAAGCAAACGUCUGUCCUGAGUGUUAUGAUCACUGGUUGACAGCUCAGUCCCGGUGUUAACUAACCCGAGACACAUUAAGAACCAAGAUCCAAACUCUCAAACCACAUUCUUACUGCUUUGUAAACGAGCUCUGUCCCAUGAUUCAUAAUUAAUCAAAAGUAUUUUUACAUUUCUCAGUGUUCUCCAUACAUUGAUUUAUUUGUGACCAGAUCUUGAUUUUCUACUUAGUUUAUUUUCUUCAAAUGGGUUAAAUCGUUUUCCAUCUAAAGCUCUAUUCUGUUUUUGUGAGCCUUUCUAAAAACAUAAUUUGUGCGCAUGUAUUUUAAGGGAAGUGAGAUCGGUUCAGACACAAGUGGAGACGCACUCUAAUGCCAGGUGUGAACUGACAAACAUGGAGCUGUCCACUUGUGAUUGGAUAACUUGAGACACAGGUAUACCAGAACCAAUUCCUGUAGGAACAGGGCCCAGUAACACACACCCACACACACACACACACACACACACACACACACACACACACACACACACACACACACACACACAGAUGACGCCUUUUGCUUUCAACUGUGACACAGAUGCCAUUUUUCUAAAUAGGAUUUCUUGUGAAAUCACUAAACAUUAACACGACUUCUUAUGUUACAAGGUUCUUGUGGAAUUUUUUUCUGUGUUUUAUUCACAACAUUUCAACAUAAGGACUAAUUUGAAAUUCUGUCAUUUAAAUUACAAUGAUGGGCUUUAUCACUUUCAAUAAAUUCCUCUGAGACAAACACACAGACACACAGAGGCCCAACAAUCUAAAUUCAGGAGAUCAUUGCACAUUUGUGAACUACUUAGGGAUGCGUGACAGACAGAUGUGAGUUCUGAUGUUCUGUCUGUGAUGAGGAGGAGGAUUUUGAAUUGGAGGAUGUGCUGAUACCGAGUGAUCUCUCUCCUGCUGCUGCCUCGUUGUGGAAAUUGUGCGCGUUAGAGUGUGUGCAUGGAUAUUUUUCCACUGUGGUGGUUCAGAUCUGUGAGUAUUGUGAGACGAUUGUGUGCCUUGAAGUUGUGUAACAUGAAAGACAGCAUAUGUAAAUGGUCAGUCUUUAUAUAGAGCUUUUCUAGCCUUGAUGACCACUCAAAGCGCUUUACGGUGCAGUUUUGCCAUUCUCACACACACACACACACACACACACACACACAGUCAUACUGUGCAUCUAUGUGCAGCGCUUUCUCUUUCACACAACAAUCACACACACACACACACACACACACACCCUGAGCCACAGAUGUCCCUCCUCUCCAUUUUGGGAGAGGGACAGAUGACUGGUGGCAGAUACAUUUUCCCAGUAGAAGGAUGGAAGUGCCUAUCACAGCUGUGAUCACCAUCUUUUUACUCAUUGAACUGAUUCCACGGCCACCGACAGGUCCUCUGUGCUGUGAAGAGGGACAUUCUGGUUUAUUACAACUUGGGUUUUAUGGUUAUUGAUAACAGUGUAGAGUUGAAAGGUGAGAUCGUGGUAACGUUGACAUCACCACAAAACAAUCCAGGUUAGUCAGUUUAACUGGAAAAAAUAAAAGAAAAAAAGCCAAUGAAAGGUCACUUCCUGCUUCUGUUGUAAUCACUGCAGGGAGGGAUUAUUAGCAACAAUCCAGAUGGACCCUCUUUCAGUUUGACAACAAAUAAAGGGUCUAAAUUAAUCUUGAUAGAGGUUGUUGAAGUUUCUUUACCUAUCUGAGUAAUUUUAGUGAUGUCACUGGAAUAUCUCAUCUCAGACAUGAAUGUGGCUUGUACAGUGUCAGAGAGGCCACGUAAUUUGCAUCCUGUAAUAAACUAUAACCUUCUUUUGACCAGAUGAUGGUCAUAAUGUCAGGAAUAACAGCAGCCACAUGUACAGAGAUGUAACCAGAAUGUGAUCUAGGCUCUGUGGAUAUGUCAAUGAUCCACAUAAGGUAUUCAGAUCCAGAUCUCAUGUUUACACCAGGUAGAAAUGUGGUCUCACUUAUUUCUCACUAAUCAGGUGAAUUCUGGCCUGAAGUUGUCGGUUGUCUGUUUCCUUUUAGAUCCCAUUCAGACCUGGUAUUAACACCCGUCCUGAAAUAUCCCAUGACUAGUGCACAGCUCUAUGUACGUGUGUGAACACAACCCAAUGUGUCCUCAAUGUGUCCUGAGAUCUGGUCCCUCUGACCACAUUCAAGGUUGUCUGGAACACAUUCCUUUAGCUGUGUAGAUUCAAAUGCGUCCAGGCCACAUUGAAGUGCCGUCUUGUCAUCUGACGUUCUCAAACCCACUCAACCCACUACGGUUUCCUAAUGAACCAAAAGUAUUUUUCAAGCUUCUCAGUGCCAAUAUGUUGAUUUGUUUGUGGCCAGCACAAACCAGGAUGUAAAAGAGUGUGUGAAGCGCAUUGAUUCCUUCCUGACCCUCUCCUGCUCUUCACACACUGACAGAGAUACAUUGACAAUGGACACGUCUUUAAAAGCAACAUCAUUCGGUCUUUACAAUCAGAAAUUAUGUAGUUGUGUAUUUGCUUAUAGAGCAGGGAGUUUAGAUCUGAUCACAAUUGACAGGACACAUUCAGGACAGAUGUCAAUACCAGGCCUGAACAGGGCCUUUGUCUGCUGGCUUAUGUAAAGGGACAAAAUGGACAUGAGCUUGUACAGCAGACAUGCACAUGGUUCUGCAAAUGCUUAGUUCAAGCGUCUGUUGUUGGUAGAUUGUGAUGAUGAAAACAUUGACAUCUAUUAAAACCAUGUGUCUAUGUGGACACAGAUCAUUUAAUCCACUCUCAAGAGGACACAUCCUCUCACAUGUUCAGCAGGUCCAACCUCUAAUUUAAUUAUCUGGCUCACGCUUCUCAAGGUGGAAAGCCAUGCCACCCAAAUCAGCAGGGACACUUGAAGAGACUGAAUUGUCAUUUGAAGCUUACAAAGCUGAAAGAAAGUUAAAUGGUCAAGUUGCAGGCAGCGAGUUACAAGUUACAAGUUACUAGUGACAAUGCAGCAGAUUUGAUUGCAUUAGAGGAACUUCAUACAUUAUUCCCUGAAAAGUUUGUAUUUCAGAUGUAGGAGGCAGCAAUGCCACAGCCGUGACAAACCCACCUGGCAGACAGCAGCUGCACCGUACAUUAGUUUUGGCGAGAAGGAUUGAAGGAGCCACUGCUGUUUUCCUCUGCUGAUUGUAAAACUCAUGAGUGUCUCUGUAGAAUGGGAUGAAAGUGCAAUAGUUUCUUCUACAAUCCUGAUUCUCUCCUCUCUUUAGGAAAGUGUCAAUCAUUCCUACCCCUUUAAUCCAUAUUUUUAUAAUGUAAUGUUUUGUUCAGUUCAAAGAAAGGGAAAGAGGACUGAACGUCGUUAUUGUACAUAGAGUUUAGACUCCGUUUAUUGGUCAGAUUUAUUUAUUAGAAAUGACAGGGAUAUUGACUUUUUUCUUACACAGAUGUGAAAGUGCCAAUGAUAAAGGAAUGGCUUUAGAUGUAAAAGCCACAACAUGGACCACGGCUGUUUCCUUAUUUGUAUUUUAAAAGAAUCUCAGGCUUGGGAACAAAAUAGCACUUUGGAAAAUGUGUCAAAUCUGUAUAUGAUUCCAGGGUUCGGUUGCAACAGAAUUAUUGAGCUAAGUACAAACACAAGAACACUUGCGUGCCAUCCGGAGAGCCCACGCCAGCAGGGCCAGCCAAUGGCGUCAACAUGAACUGCUGUGCUUGUAGUUGUUACUGUUCAGAUUCUGAUUUUAAAACAGAACUUUGAUUUCUCCCCACAUCUUUGUGGGCUGAAUUAGAUGGACUGUGACUCUACUUAGCCUGCUCUGAGCUGCUGAUCCCAGUCCUGGAUUUUUUGUUGAAGAAUUUCUCAGUCAGUGUGCUGUCUUUCAUUUCAGUUGUUUGUCAUCAUAC